UAUAGGCGCCCUUUGGCUAAUCUGGCUGAGGACUGUGGAUAUUUCCCUUUACAGGUGAUGUGAUGAUUGGAAGUGAAAGCAGGUGGUGUGAUCUUAGCAUGUCAACAUAAUGGCUUAUCAGGAAUUUAUUGUUUUGUACACACAUCAAAAGACUAAAAAAUCUAAAGUGUGGCAAGAUGGAAUUUUGAAGGCUGCAUUUGGAGGAAAUAAGGCAAAUUUGUUUGAUGAUAAAGGACAGCUCUUGGAUAGUAUUUUCAUAAAAUUUCAGAUAAAACCUGGUGAUGACUUUGAAUCUGAACGAUAUUUAAUCACUGUAGAAAGUGAAAAUGUUUCUAAAACUGAUUAUAAUCAGUCAAAGAACACAGAAAAGGGAAAAUUAAGAAGUAAUUCCUUGAAAUCCCUUGCUACCUCAUCUUUAUGCCAUCCAAAGCGAAAAUCUGUAUUUAAACAAAGUUUUGCUGAAGCAUAUUGUCCUGAAGAUGUGCAGAUACCUUGCCUACAUUCUGACUCACCAAAUUUGGUAGUUGAAUUUCACGGAUACCAGGUGAAAGGCUCAGCAGCUAGUAAGAUGAUGACAAGAAAAGGCUGUUUGUAUCACAGAAAAGAUCCACAAAGUGACAUGACCAAAUCUGAAAGUGCUUCAAAGGAUGCAUUUUUUUUCUUAGCGCAAGAACUGAACUGUCCUGGGGUGCCUGAAUUUGUUAAGCUGUUAUCAAAACAAUGGGUUUCUUCACAGACUACUGGCUGUCACUUUUUCCCAACUCCAAAUAGUAAAGAAACAAUAGAAGAGCAGGAAUUGCUGAUAUCCAAAACUUAUCCAGACUUGUAUAUGGAUAAUAAAAAACCCUUUUUCAGAAUGUAUCCAGAAAAUGAUAUGUCUAUCCUCUUACCUACUCUUGGAACACAAACUCCAGUUGUUCCUGGAUUUAUAGAUAAUCUGCUUUCUGAUUUCCAGCUUUAUUCCAGUGCAAACAUCUGCAAACAGAUUCAUCAUCAUUGUGGUUUUUCAGUGGUCAAUACAUAUGACAAAUCAGAAAUGUUAGAGCCUGAGGACAGGAUGUGUAAAUUUUUUGUGGGUGGAAAUUACAUAGGAGUAAGAGACAAGAUAGCCGUACAGAGUACACUGCCUAAUGUGUCUGAACAAAAGGAACAAAGCAAAUGGCAGAAAUACCACAACAUAACUGGUUGUGAUUUGAGAUCUCAAAAUUGCAACGAAGUGGCCAUGGCUUCUGAUAUCAAAGCUGAGAGUUAUUUAGGAAUGUCAUUAGAAUACAGAAGAGAGAAUCAGAGUAAUGUCAUCUAUAAAAGCCCUCUGGACUCUGAGCAUCUGGAGACCAUAAAAAGCAUGCUUUGUAAACAGCAGCAAAACUUUAUCACUCAAGAUUCUGUUUCAGAAAGAAAGAAACUUUCCCUGCACUUAAAUCAACACUUUUGCACUGAGGAAGUUCUAAGUGAGUUAGGUCACCUGAGUUUCCCCAAAAAAACCAGAGAUAGAAAGGACACUUCUGAACUGCAUUUCCCUAGGGUGGAUAUGGUAAAGAAUACUAAUGUACCUAAACGACAACAACGCAUCCCAGUCGAAUUUCAGUCUCCAGCACAUUAUAAGAAAGUUUUUACUAUUGCAUUGAUAGAACAUUUAAACAUAUUAUUAUUUGAACUAUCAAAAAACCUACAUAAAGCUCUUGGGAAAGUGGAUAUAUCUUUCUAUUCAUCGGUGAAAGAAGGGCAACGAGAGAAUUCUGCACCUCUCUGCAGCCACAAAAUAGCAGCAAAGCUUCUUAUGGUUAGAAAAGAAGGCCGAAAUAAGGGUCGUCUUUUCUAUGCUUGUGAUGCUGCUAAAGCAGAUCGAUGUGAUUUCUUUAAGUGGCUUGAAGAUGUAAAACCUGUACAGAUGGAGAGUAAACCUUGUAUUAUACUUCAUGAUAUAAAGAGUAUUGGAACUUACCUCAGAUGUCAAAGAAUUUCUAUCUAUGAAGAAUGCCAACUUCUAAUAAGGAAAAUGUUUGAUACUCAAAGAAAACUAUUUGGUAAGAUGAAGAGAUGUGAUAUUGCAAAGGCUAACUUUGACUGUGAUUCUAAGAGGAAAUUAUUUCUUAAACUGAACCGGAAGGAACAUUCCUCUACAUAUAGCAAAGAUGACCUUUGGGUUGUUUCCAAGACUUUGACCUUUGAACCACUGGACACUUUCAUUGCAUAUAGUGUUUUUUUUGGACCAUCCUCUAAUAAUGAAGUGGAGUUGGAGCAUCUCAAUGGUUAUAGCCCAUCAAAUUGGCGUUCAGAUAUGAUUGUUCAUGCAUUGUUUGUGUGUAAUGCUAGCACUGAACUCACAAAUUUGAGAAAUAUACAGGAAAAUGUCAGUUCAAUCACUUUGCCAAUCAUGCAACACCUACUUACAAAGAAAGAAUUAUUUCCAAAAACCAAAGAAAGAAAACAAAAGUUUAAACCACCAGGGAUAAGUACAAAUGCAAUAAAAUCUGAUGCAUUCAGCCCAGAAAUAGUUAUAAAUCUUGCUGAUAAGAUUAUUCAAGCUUUCCAGCUAAAUAAAGAUCAGGUCACAGCAAUGAUGCAGAUUGGUGCCAUGAUGACAUCUCAAGAAAUAAAUACAGAAACAGCGAAGCAUCCGACGUUUCCAAUAACAAUAAUACAUGGUGUAUUUGGAUCCGGAAAAAGCUUAUUGCUGGCUAUUGUUAUUUUAUUCCUGACACAAAUAUUUGAAAUCCAUGAAGCAGCUAAUGACAAACGGUCAGUGCCAUGGAAAAUAUUGGUUUCUUCUUCCACCAAUGUUGCUGUAGACAGAAUACUAUUGAGUCUACUAGACAUUGGAUUUGAAGACUUCAUUAGAGUGGGAAGCAUUAAAAAAAUUGCAAAGCCAAUACUUCCUUACAGCUUGCAUGCUGACUUGAGAUCUGAAAAUGAACAGCUGAAAGAAUUACUUGCCUUGAUGAAGGAGGAUUUGAGCCCAGUGGAAAAAAUGUAUGUGAAGAAGACCAUUGAACAACAUAAACUGGGCACCAAUAAAGCUUCCCUGAGAAAGGUGAAGGUAGUGGGAUCUACCUGUGCUGCCUGCUCAUUUCCAUGCUUGAAAAGUCUUAAGUUUCCUAUAGUGAUUCUAGAUGAGUGUAGUCAAAUGACAGAACCAUCUUCUCUGCUUCCUAUUGCAAGUUUUGAAUGUGAAAAGCUGAUUCUUGUUGGAGAUCCUAAGCAGCUGCCGCCUACCAUUCAAGGAUCUGAAAGUGCACAUGACAGUGGUUUGGAACAAACUCUCUUUGAUCGACUCUGUUUGAUGGGGUAUGCACCUAUAUUACUCAGAACACAGUAUCGUUGUCAUCCUGUUAUUGCUGCUAUAACCAAUGAGCUAUUUUAUGAAGGAAUUCUGUUGAAUGGAAUUUCUGAAAUAGAUCGAAGUCCUCUCUUGGAUUGGCUACCAACACUGUGUUUUUAUAAUGUUAAUGGAUCAGAACAAAUUGAAGCAGACAACAGUUUCUACAAUAUGGCAGAAUCGUUUUUCAUUGUCAAAUUAAUACAAUCUCUGGUUGCCAGCGGAAUAGAUGGAUCUAUGAUUGGCAUAAUAACUCUCUACAAAUCCCAAAUGAACAAGAUCCGUAAUUUGUUUGGUGCCGUACACAUGGAUGCUGCCCAAAUAAAGGCUGUCCAGGUGUCUACAGUAGAUGCUUUUCAGGGAGCAGAGAAAGAAAUAAUUGUUUUAUCUUGUGUAAGGACAAGACAAGUUGGCUUCAUAGAUUCAGAAAAGAGAGUGAAUGUGGCUCUGACUAGAGGAAAGAGACAUCUAUUGAUAGUAGGAAAUCUAAACUGUUUAAGAAAGAACAAAUUAUGGGGAAGCGUUAUUCAGCAUUGCACAGGGAGAAAAAAUGGAUUUCAACAUGCUAACCAAUGUGAACAACAACUGAAUGAUAUUGUUAAAUCUUAUUUCAAGAGAAAGAUGGAAGAAGAAGCCAUCAUGAAAAAGAAAAAAUCUAAAAAUGAAUCACUUUCUCAAAAAACAAACGCAUAAAUAUACUGAAUUAUAUCAACAAUUUCAUCUU